AUGGCCAUGAAUCAGAGUAGCCUCCAUUGCCUGGUCGGGAUCGGGCUCCUGGUGUUCCUGCUCCUCGACCGCCUGGCCACCGGCCAGUUCAUUCCGGGCCCGCAGUCAGGCGCUCCUCGCCAGCAGAGAUCCCUCUUUGGGCCAGGUCCUCCGCCGGGCUGGAGCAGCGGCGGCCUCGGCCACGGAUGGAGCGGGCCGAGCCUCGAGUUCAGCCCCCUGCCGCCACCCUCCAGUCCGCACGUGACCAAGGACGAGCUGCUGGCCCUGCUGGCCGCCUGGAAGGAUGUGGCCGUGAAGCCGACGACGCCGGCACCGGAGCCGGAGCCCGAGCCGGAGCCCGAACCCGAGCCGGAGACCACGGCGGCCCCACCACCGGAGGACGAGGACGAGCCGGAGGCUCCGGCACCGGAGGCGCCGGCCGGACCACCGCCCGGCGUUCCCGUCACCGUCUCCCUGCCCGCCCUCGUGCCCAUCCAGCUGGCGGCCAUGUGGCAGCAGCCGGCGCCCGGAGCAGCUGCCGGCGGCCUGGGGCCACUGAAUCUCGGCGGCCUGGGCUUCGGCGGCGGCAUUGCCCUGAACAACCUCGGAGGCGGGUCGGCGGCAUCGGCGGGAGCUGCGGCUGCCGGAGGCGGGGGAUCCUCGGCCGCCGGAGCCGCGGCUGCUGCAGCACGGUCCGGAGGGGCUCGCCCUAGGGCCAGGGCAAGGAUCGGCGGACGGGCGUCGAAUGCCCAGCCCGCCAUCCGCUUCCCGGUGGCCAAUCCGCGCAGCUUCACCUCGAACAACUACGUGGCGCCCAGGCCGCGUUUCUACCGCGACGCGGAGCCAAUGCGCUUCAACGCAAUGGCCCCGCCGCCCUACCAAACGGCCAGUGUCCAGGGUCCUGUCCAGCUGGUGCCCGCCUACUGGCAAUAGUCCCUUCUCGCCUCCAAGUCUUGGAUCCGCACUGCCAACUCCCCUAAGCUAAAGCCGUACAAAGUUAUGUUUUAUAGUACUCCGCGAAUGUGUACAUAGGAUGCCGAGGCCUGUUCACAACUCGGAUUUGUUUUUUUUUUAAUAUGCCAAUAAAAUAUGUUAACAAACAAUAAACAA